GAUCCACCUGGCCGGGCUGCGAGCCGGCUCCGGGCGGCAUGGAGGGGCUCUCUCCUGCACUGUCUGUGGACUGAGCCGCUUGGUGCCGACGUCUCCGUGCCAGCCGGGUGCAGCCAGCGAGACGGAGAGUGGGCAGGCGGGAGCCCCCGUGGCGGGCUGCGCAGCACACGCCCCAGCCCCCAGCCAUGGCGGAUAAAUGCAGCGGGGGGUUACUGAAUGGCGCCGUCCCCGGAGAGGUGACCAAGCGAGACGAGAACGUGAAACGGGGCAACUGGACAAACCAGAUUGAGUUUGUGCUGACGAGCGUGGGCUACGCCGUGGGGCUGGGCAACGUGUGGCGCUUCCCCUACCUCUGCUACCGCAACGGGGGAGGAGCCUUCAUGUUCCCCUACUUCAUCAUGCUGGUCUUCUGUGGCAUCCCCCUCUUCUUCAUGGAGCUCUCCUUCGGGCAGUUCGCCAGCCAGGGCUGCCUGGGCGUCUGGAGGAUCAGCCCCAUGUUCAAAGGCGUGGGCUAUGGGAUGAUGGUGGUCUCCACAUACAUUGGCAUCUACUACAAUGUGGUGAUCUGCCUCGCCUUCUACUACUUCUUCUCCUCCAUGACGCGGGUGCUGCCCUGGACCUACUGCACCAACCCCUGGAACACCCCCGACUGCUCUGGGGUGCUGGACGCCACCAACGGCUCUGCCGCGCCACCCCUCAACCUCACCCAGCUCCUCAACCACACGCUCAAGCGCACCAGCCCCAGCGAGGAGUACUGGAGGCGGUACGUGCUGAAGCUCUCGGACGACAUCGGGAACCUGGGCGAGGUGCGGCUCCCCCUGCUGGGCUGCCUGGGCAUCUCCUGGGUCGUCGUCUUCCUCUGCCUCUUCAAGGGCGUCAAGUCGUCAGGAAAAGUGGUGUACUUCACAGCCACCUUCCCCUACGUGGUGCUCACCAUCCUCUUCGUGCGCGGCAUCACCCUGGAGGGCGCCGUCACCGGGAUCAUGUACUACCUGACGCCACAGUGGGACAAGAUCCUGGAUGCCAAGGUCUGGGGAGACGCUGCCUCCCAGAUCUUCUACUCUCUGGGCUGCGCCUGGGGUGGGCUCAUCACCAUGGCAUCCUACAACAAAUUCCACAACAACUGCUACAGGGACAGCAUCAUCAUCAGCAUCACCAACUGCGCCACCAGCGUCUAUGCCGGCUUCGUCAUCUUCUCCAUCCUGGGCUUCAUGGCCCACCACCUGGGCGUGGACGUCUCCCAGGUGGCCGACCACGGGCCCGGCCUGGCCUUCGUGGCCUACCCCGAGGCCCUGACCCUGCUGCCCAUCUCGCCCCUCUGGUCCGUCCUCUUCUUCUUCAUGCUCAUCCUGCUGGGGCUGGGCACGCAGUUCUGCCUGCUGGAGACACUGGUGACGGCCAUUGUGGACGAGGUGGGGAACGACUGGAUCAUCCGCAGGAAGAUGUUUGUGACGCUGGGCAUGGCCGUGGUGGGCUUCCUGCUGGGCAUCCCACUCACCACCCAGGCUGGGAUAUACUGGCUCCUGCUGAUGGACAAUUACGCUGCCAGCUUCUCCCUGGUCAUCAUCUCCUGCAUCAUGUGCGUCUCCAUCAUGUACAUCUACGGACACCGGAACUACUUCAAGGACAUCGAGAUGAUGCUGGGCUUCCCGCCCCCCCUCUUCUUCCAGAUCUGCUGGAGGUUCUUCUCACCCGCCAUCAUCUUCUUCAUCCUGGUGUUCACGGUGAUCCAGUACCGGCCCAUCGCCUACAACACCUACGUCUACCCCCCCUGGGCCAUCAGCAUCGGGUUCCUCAUGGCGCUGUCCUCCGUGCUCUGCAUUCCACUCUACGCUGUCUACAAGCUCUGCCGCGCCGAAGGGGACACGCUGCUCCAGCGUUUGAAAAACGCCACCAAGCCGAGCCAGGACUGGGGCCCGGCGCUGGCUGAGCACCGGGCCGGGCGCUACGCCCCCGCGGCCCGCCUGGAGGCGCAGUCGUUGAACCCCGAGAAGCCGCGGAGUGAGGACGUGGCCCUCCCGGUGCAGGGCAGCAACGGCUCCGCCCACAGCCAGGACUCCAGACUGUGA